AUAGCAUUUUAUCCACAAGCUUCUCUUUGUGUCUGCUGUGACUCAGGGUCACAGCUCCCCGGGUGUCGUACAUGGGGCCCGGCCUCGCUGCAUGGUUUUCUUGGACCUGCCUGCUCUUAAUUAGCAGUGCUGCAACUUUCCCCCUACAAAACAUGUAUCAAAGGCCCCUCUACAAGAUGACUGGUAGGCAUUCCCCACUACCCAAAGACCAGCGUCCUUCCCUCAGGUCGGUGCAGCAAAAGUACUUGCCCCAAUUCCCUGGAAGCCAGUCCUCACCCAGUGCUGAGACUCCCAGUGUGGCCUCAACAGAAUAUGCCAAAAAGGGCUUGAGUGCUCCUGAGUCAGGUUCAAGUUGGCCUGUUUAUGAUCCAACCUCCAGCCAUAAGUCACAUGCUGUGGAACAAGUUAGCACUGCAAUUGCACCUCCGGCAGCCAAUCCUAGUGGCCACCUGCACCAAAGUUGGGCUGUGUAUGGUCCAGUAGAGGAGCCACAUUUCAGCCACAAACCCUCAACUGGUAAAGUUGAUACUGUUAAGGGGCAACAAACAUUGAAUCCAGGUGUGGACAUGCCCCCAAACUGGGCAUUGUACAAUCCAGUGUAUGAGCCAUCUUCUGAAUCUCUAACCUCUCCUGAAGUUUUUUCUGGUGGUGUGGAAGAGAGUUCCCUUGAAACUGGCAAUGAGGAAUCUGCAUUCAACCCCGGUGGCAACUGGCACCAUGUUUGGGAAGCAUUCAAUCCAUUUAACGCACAGCCUUCUGGGUACACAUCCACUGGCAUAAAGGGCCAGCAAGUGGCAAAUCCAGAUGAACUCUCCCAAAACUCGAAAUAUGAGCCACCUCCCAAAUUUGAAUCCAAUACCCCUGAGGUUCCUCCUGGCCCCGGUGAAGGGGAACCUGCAGCAAAUACGGGCAUUGACUGGCACCUUUCUGGCUACGUACCCUCAACAGGUGAUGUAAAGGGAGAGUUGCCAGCAAGUCCAGAAGGUAACAUUCCAAGUUGGGAAAUGAAUCCGCUCCCUUCCAAUUUUGAAACUUCAACUGUUCCUGAGCUUCCUCCUGGAAAGGGGAACUGGCAACACUCUAGCUACAAGCCCUCAACAGGUGGCGUAAAAGGACAAUCUGCAGCAAAUUUACCUGGUAACAUGCCCCCAAAUUGGGCAUCAUACAGUUCUGUGUAUGAACCAACUGCUCCUGAGGCUGUUCCCGGUGGUGUAAAAGGGAGUCUUCGCAAAGGGCAACAUCCAGCUAUUCCAGGUGACAACUUGAACCACGGUUGGGAAGCAUACCAUUCAGCAUACGAGCCACCUUUCAGCUAUGAAUCCCCAACUGCUCCUGGUAACCUCCCCCAAAGUUGGGAAUCGUAUAGUCAAGAGUACGAGCCUUCUGAUCCAGUUAAAGGAAAACCUCAUGGCACAGCGAAGGGGCAGCAAACUAAACUGGGUGGUAACCAGCAACAACAUUGGGCAGGGUACAGUCCCGUCAAUAUGCAAGGCUCCAGCUACAAACCUUCACAUGGUGGUGUGAAAGGACAGCAAGCAGUAGAUCCAGUGGGAGUAUUCCACAAUUGGGAAUCUCAUAGUUCCAUCGGGCAUCCUUCCUAUGAAUCUCCUGUGCCAUCCCCUGGUGUACAGGAGGGUCCUUCUGGGACAGGUCAGCUAGCAUCCAAGACAAAUGGUCCUAGUUGGGUAAAAGUGAAGCAUCCUGGUAAGGGUCAAAGUGGCAACUGGCACAAAGGGCACAUCCAAGCCUCUAAGGUACCCUCACACCCAGUCAAAUUGCCUCCUGGUAAGGGACAGUCUACAGCUAUUCCAAAUGGUGGCUUGCACACAAAUUUGGCUUCAUCUAGUUCAGUUUAUGACAAGUCACAAAAAUACACUCCCCAAAUUGCUCCUGUACACAUCCAGGAGCACUUUCAAGUGAAUCAGCCUGCUGGUACUGAUGAGACUGCUGCAUCUGAGCCCGGUGUAAACAUGGCCCAUGGUUGGACAAAAAUGGAUCCUGCAACAAGUCAAGGUGGUAAUUGGCACAAAGGGCACAUCCAAGCCUCUAAGGUACCCUCACACCCAGUCAAAUUACCUCCUGGUAAGGGACAGUCUACAGCUAUUCCAGAUGGUGCCUUGCACACAAAUUGGGAAUCAUCCAGUUCAGUUUAUGACAAGUCACAAAAAUACACUCCCCCAAUUGCUCCUGUGUACAUUCAGGAGCAUCAGCCUGCUGGUAUUGAUGAGAAUGCUGCAUCUCAGCCCGGUGUAAACAUGGCCCAUAGUUGGACAAAAAUGGAUCCUGCAACAAGUCAAAGUGGUAACUGGCACCAAAUGCAAGCCCACAAAAUACCCCCACCUCCUGGAACCAAAAUUGGCACUGGUAAGGAACAGUCAGGAGCUAAUCCAGUUGAUGAAAUGUUCCCAAAUCUGGCAACAAUUGGUCUUUUCAAUCCAUUUCCCAGCUAUGAGCCAAGUGGUGGUAUUGAAACUGGAAGUGGGCAACCGGGAGCCAACCCAAGUUACAAAUGGCCUCCAGUGUCUAGUCCAACCAACAACAAACACCCAACCUGGUCUGGUAUUCAUAUAAGACACCCUCAUGUGAAUGGCCAACAUGCUAAUCCAUCUGGCAACCUGCACACAAAUUGGGCAGAGUACAGUUCAGUUGCUGAGAACCCACCAAGCUACACUGCUCCUGUAGUCCCCCAGGGACAUUUACAAGUCAGUCUUCCUUCUGGUAGUGAAGCUAAUGCUGCAUCUGAGCCCUCCAGUCACUGGCAGAAAGUGCACAUGCAAGCCCAUAAGGGACAGACCCCAUCUAAUCCAGGUGACAAACUGCACCCACACCGGGUAGGCAGUUCAGUUUAUGACCGUUCCCAAAGCCACAUUCCCUCAAUUGCUCCUAUAAAUACUCAGCAGCAUUUAAAAGUGAAUCUGCCAGCUACCACUGGAAAGGGGGGUCCUCCUGCCUUGCCAAGCACUCAUGUGAACCCCACCAAUCCUUAUUGGAACUCUCACCAGUGGUCCUCUACGCAUCAAGACCACACUGGCAAAGGUGCAAACCCUUUUUACGACAGACCCAGUGCCCCAUGGGUGUCAAAUCCAGAAGACGACGACGACGACGAUGACAAUGAAGAUCCUGAUGAUGAAAAUGACGACGGCAUUAAAAUGUACAUUGUGCAAAACCGAAAUGGCUACCAGAAUGAACGAAGCGAAUUCUCCAGAAUGCGUUACUUCCAGCAGUAUAUACCUCUCAUUCCCCCACCUGGAGUGUUGCGGAAAACUUCACCGAAGGCAUAAGGUUGGACUCAUCGCUCUGAUCGUCUGGUAUUUGCUGAGUAAGAUCAAAUAAAAAUAACAAAACAAAACUUUUCGCUUGUCUUGCAUCUUAUCAAAUUACUUUGUGGGUGUACAUCUUGCAUGUUCAUUAAAAG